AUAUCUGUUGCAGUAUCAGGAGCCAAUUCCUUGCGAGCAGUUAGUAACAGCCCUCUGUGAUAUCAAACAAGCCUAUACACAGUUUGGAGGAAAACGUCCUUUUGGUGUUUCGCUGCUUUACAUUGGCUGGGAUAAACAUUACGGUUUCCAAUUGUAUCAGAGCGAUCCAAGCGGGAAUUACGGCGGUUGGAAAGCCACCUGCAUUGGAAACAACAGUGCUGCAGCUGUGUCAAUGCUCAAACAAGAUUACAAAGAGGGAGAAAUGACUUUGCAAUCCGCACUUGCUUUAGCUGUCAAAGUCCUGAAUAAAACUAUGGACGUUAGUAAAUUGUCAGCGGAGAAAGUUGAAAUUGCAACCCUGACGCGAGAGAAUGGAAAGACGAUAAUAAGAGUUUUGAAACAAAAAGAAGUGGAAGUAUUGAUAAAGAAACACGAAGAAGAAGAAGCCAAAGCAGAGCGUGAAAAGAAAGAAAAGGAGCAGAAAGAAAAGGAUAAAUAAAUCAAGUACCUCGAAGAAGGAGCUGUUUCCGUAAACUGGCCCAAUUUUUGAAGGGCUGUUUAUUGAAUCCGUUCCUUUAUAUCACUGAAAGACAUCACCUCUUUCCUCAAUGAACAGAAAUCUCUUUGUCAUUGUAUCUUUCUUUUAUAUUCCAUAAUAAAGUGGACAGUAUUGUCACAGUACUAUGUCCAAGUAUAGUUA